AGGAGGGGUUGGAGUGAGUGACGCUGGCUGCGCUUUGGAGCUGAGCGGAGCGCUCACCUGCAGAUGAGAGCCGGGGAAAACUCGGGGCAGAGCUGCAGCACACUCACCGAGCUCAAGGAGGGACCUAACGAACAGUCUGACCAAGUAGGCGGUUGGAAAUUUGGGACAAUCACUGGAGAAGAAUCACGAACCGAGCCUCUUUCUGGUCCAGGCAGCUUUUACUCGCUUGCUCGCCACAAUGAGAACUGACUUCGCUGUGGUCCUGACAGCAGCCCUUCUUCUGGACACAUUCUGGAGGAAUAAUGGGGAGCAUGCCUCUGAAGGUCCCUGUCGACCUGGCUUUUCACAAAGCUUCUACUCUCUGCUGGUUUCAAGGGAUGUACUGCAAGGCCGGGGCAUACUUAAAGGUACCACAGUAUCAUCACAAAAAGUGAAGUUUGAUGACUGCAUGGGGAACGAAGCUGUCGUGUUCCAGAGCAGUGACCCCAUCUUCAGUGUGCGGACAGAUGGAUCCAUCUUUGCCAGGAGGGAGGGAGCCAGCCUGGAUGAACCGGUCCAGUUUAAACUGACAGCGAGUGGUCCACACACUCACGCAUGGGAGACUGUGGUUCAGCUGGCACUGAUUGACCUACCAUCACCUGAACAAAAUGAAAAUGAGGUUACAGAGAAAGUCACUGGGAAAAACCUUGAGCAAAAUAAGAAGAAAGAGGCGAUCCAAGCACCACCUCCUGUCAUCAUGUUCUCAAGGUCCAGCCUCAAUGGCACCAAGGGUCUACGGAGGCAGAAGAGGGACUGGGUGAUCCCACCAAUCAAUGUGGCGGAAAAUUCUCGAGGACCUUUCCCUCAGAUGCUCGUCAGCAUUCGUUCAGACCAGGACCAAGACAUCUCAAUCCGCUACAGCAUUACUGGCGUGGGAGCGGAUCAACCACCCAAUGAGGUGUUUAAUAUUGACCCUGUGCUUGGAAAGAUGUUUGUCACCAAACCUCUGGAUCGCGAGCAUCGUUCCUCUUAUCAUCUGCGAGCCCAUGCUGUGGACAUGAAUGGGAACCAGGUUGAGAACCCCAUUGAUCUGUACAUCUUCGUCAUUGACAUGAAUGACAACAGACCUGAGUUCAAAAACCAGGUCUACAAUGGUUCCGUGGAUGAAGGCUCAAAACCAGGAACUUAUGUGAUGCAUGUGUCAGCAUUUGAUGCCGAUGACAACACCACAGCUAAUGGAAUGGUCCGAUAUCGGAUCUUGUCCCAGACUCCACACAGCCCCAUCCCUAACAUGUUUACCAUCAAUAGCGAAACUGGGGAUAUUGUCACGGUGGCACCAGGACUUGAUCGAGAGAAAGUGUCCCAGUAUACCAUCAUCGUGCAAGCCACGGACAUGGAGGGCAACCUGAACUUUGGCCUUUCCAACACAGCCACUGCCAUCAUCACUGUCACGGACAUCAAUGACAACCCUCCCAUGAUGACCUCCAGAACUUUUUCUGGUGAGGUUCCAGAGAACCGAGUGGAUGUUGUGGUGGCUAACUUGACGGUUAUAGAUGCCGACCAACCACACUCGCCUAACUGGAACGCCAUCUACAGAAUCAUCAGUGGAGACCCAAAUGGGCAUUUCACCAUCCGCACUGAUCCAGUCACCAAUGAUGGCAUGGUCACUGUAGUGAAGCCGGUAGACUUUGAGAUGAACCGUGCCUUCAUGCUGACAGUGGUGGUGUCUAAUCAAGCCCACUUAGCAAGCGGCAUCCAGUCGUCGCUCCAGUCCACAGCCGGAGUCACCAUAUCUGUUCAGGAUGUUAAUGAACCUCCCUAUUUCCCCACGAACCCAAAACACAUCCGGUUUGAGGAAGGAGUUCCAGCCGGCACCAGCCUCACGACUUUCUCAGCCUCAGAUCCAGACCGGCUUCAGAUGCAGCAGAUAAUCAGGUAUUCAAAGCUGAACGACCCUGCAGAUUGGUUGUCCAUCAACAGAACCAAUGGUCAGAUAGUAACGACCGCAAUGCUCGAUCGGGAGUCCAUCUAUGUGAAGAAUAAUAUAUAUGAAGCCACAUUUCUGGCUACAGACAAUGGUUCUCCUGCAGCAAGCGGCACCGGCACACUGCAGAUCUAUCUGAUAGAUAUUAAUGACAACCCUCCAGCACUUGUACCAAGGGAGUCUCAGAUCUGUGAGAGGAUGAACAAGAAUGUCAACGGUGUCAACAUCACUGCUGCUGAUGCCGACAUUGACCCCAACGCCGGACCUUUUGUCUUCGAGCUUCCCAACUUUCCAACUAGCAUCCGACGCAACUGGACAAUUUCUCGGAUCAGUGGUGAUUACGCCCGUCUAACUCUGCGAUACCAGAUAUAUUUGGAGCCGGGAAUGUAUGAGGUCCCCAUAAUUGUGUCAGAUUCGGGCAACCCUCCACUGUCCAACAGGUCACUCAUCAAAGUGAAAGUGUGUCCUUGUGAUGAAAACGGAGACUGCACCACUCUUGGGGCUGUGGCAGCCACUGGGCUGGGAACUGGAGCCAUCAUCUCCAUCCUUAUCUGCAUCAUCAUACUGCUCUGCAUGGUGCUGUUGUUUGUGGUAUGGAUCAAGCGCAGAGAGAAGGAAAGGCAGACAAAGCAACUGCUUAUUGACCCUGAAGACGAUGUCAGAGACAACAUCCUCAAGUACGAUGAGGAGGGAGGAGGAGAGGAGGACCAAGACUACGAUUUGAGCCAGCUGCAGCAGCCCGACUCCUUAGACCACAUCAUCAGCAAACCACCCGGCAUCCGCAGGGUGGAUGAACGCCCCAUCAUCCCUGAGUCCCAGUACCCCAUCAGACCUGUCGUUCCCCACCCUGGAGACAUCGGGGACUUUAUCCAUGAGGGGCUGCGAGCAGCAGACAACGACCCCACAGCUCCUCCGUAUGACUCCCUGCUGGUUUUUGACUAUGAGGGCAGCGGCUCCACCGCCGGCUCUGUCAGUUCCCUCAACUCCUCCAGCACAGGGGACCAGGACUAUGACUACCUCAACGACUGGGGCCCGCGAUUCAAGAAACUGGCCGAUAUGUAUGGAGGAGGGGAUGAUGAUUAAAGCUGCCCCAUCACACAUGCACACACACACACCCUUGUCCCGUCAGCUGGCCUGCCAUGCUCUGCCCCCACAACACAUGGGGCGGUUACACCCUUCUUGACAACACAUAAACAAUGACAUGUUCACACUGACAAACCAACCAAUCAAUCGAUUUACCCACCACAGAGGACCAGUGCCGUGAGUCAGUUUCAGGUGCUCUUCUCAACCGUCUCCUGCUCUAAGCCUGUCUAAGACUUUAACGGAAGCUCUGAUUUGCAGGCUUACAUUGUCUUGUGUUUUCAAACUCCUUAUUUUGUAUUUCACAUUAGUUUUAAGCUGGGUGUAGACUUAAUUCAAAUUUAGUUUCUACUUUAGUUUGUAUCACUUUUUUGACUUUAUUAUUGUUUGAUUAAAAAUAUUUCUUAUUCCUGAGGGUUUUCACUUUCACUGUUAUCCCCCGCCUGCCUCUCUAAAGGAAGCUCUUCAGGUUGAGCUGCUCGCUUUGUCUGGCACAAACCAAAAGGAACAAAAAAGAGCAUCUAAACAAAAGCCACCUCUAAAUGGAGGGCCCUGGUUUAUUCUUUCUUGAACUUGAAUUACUUGGAACAGAAGCACUGUUGUCUAAAAAAGUGCCUUCAGUGGUGCGUAUUUUAGCAGACUCCCGCUAACUCAGGAUUGGUUGCCAUUCUGGGCUAGCAUGGCCCCGUACGACCCCUAGCCCUUUAAUUCAGACCUCCCUUGUCAUCUCUCCUAUCCUGCGGGGCUGUGGUAGCUGCGGGAGAUGUCAGUGACUGGCUUAAGAGGAUGCUUUAUGUAGACAUACUGUACAUAGGACUAGUGUGUCUGUAAGUUAUGGACAAAUCAUUAAGUUUUUUUUAAGUCAGGCAUAUCUGUGCUCCAAGAUCACAGUCAGCUUGAGCGGGAUCACUGAAAUCACAGAAAUACAUAAUGAGACUCUCUUAGAGAAGAAAUGCAUUGUGUGUCUUUGUUUAAUGUGGCUUCAGUAGCAGCUGUGUUUGUUUUUAUCUCGCUGUGUUCGCACCUAAAGCUCGUUGCUAAAUUUUGAAAAUUGACAGGUCACGUGUGCCACCUCUUUAAUGUUGCUGUAUAUGAGGUACAUAUGAUGAUUAUUUAAGGGGAAUUUGCCUUUGAAAUUAUCAGUGAUCUAAGAUUUUUUAGCAUGAAAGAAAAGAAAAUACAAGUUGGGUUCAAACAGCCAAGUGUGACCUAUAGAUUUGUGAACAUGUUUAAGCACCAUUCUGACUCACUUUUAGUUUUUUUUUUGUUUUUUUUUGCUUUUGUUAAUUCACUGUUUUCCCGCAAACUUUCAUAUAAAAACACGUGACUUGUCCCUGUCACAGAAACUAUGAGGAAUUGAGCCUCAGACAGGGACUUUGCGCCAUCACAAUCUGUCUCUCUUCAGGCUGCAUUUCACUCAUCUGAAAUUUUCUUCUAAAAAUUUCUGGCAUCUAGUUCAAGAAGUUUAGAAAAGACAUUUGAGGGAGGGAAAGUCUGUGAAGUUGUGCGCUUUAUCAAAAGCAGAAAGGCUUUAGUAAUAAUACUCUCUGAAAGACUGGCAUUUUGAAAGACAGCUUUGUUUUGACUUGCAAGAGCGCUACCCGUGGGUUUUUUUUUCAAAAUACAUAUUUCCUUUCAUAUAGGGAUCUUCUGAUUGUGAUUGGGACUCUUAAGUAUAUUUAUUUAGUUAUUUUAAUAUACAAAACAUUUAAAAGAAGGCUUGGAGAGAUACUUAUGUUUUGAAUUGCCAUUAAAAAGUUUAUUAGUCGUUAGUUUACCCCACAUAGAUCAUCUGCUAGUCAUCACUUUAAUGAUCCCUAAAGAUAUUUGUCAGAGGAUGUGAUGGAAACCAUUCACCAAGUGUUCAACUGCCCCACAACUGUUUCUUUAAGUAACUUGAAAAAUAUAAAAUAUUUAAUUUUAGCAAAGAGAGUAAGUUGACUUUCAGAAUGAAUGAAAAUUAAAUAAUUGUGGUGAGAUGAAUGGAAACAUUGACCUGUAAAUGUAAAGCGGAGAGUGUGAUUUGACUAUCGAAAGAGAAACAAACCAGUGUAAAUAAUAAGGUCAACAGGGUCUUUUUGUUUAGGUUUACCAAAAGAUGGGUAUAAACACGAAACUGGCAACGAUCACAACAGCCGUCAGCUCAGAUGUCAAAACAGGAAAUAUUUUGAAAGCUCACUGCUGGAUUAGCUCUUCUCUACGCCUUCCUACAGAAUAUCUCCACAAAACAAAAACAUCUUUUAUGUUCUGCUAUUUGUGAUUACUUCUGACAUAUAAAAGCUGUAUAACAGAACAUUUACACAUGCUUUGACAUCUGUUUCCAUGCAGUUUUUUUUUCUGCUAUUGAAAAUCUGAUGAAUACCUGGUAAAUCAUAUUUCACAAAAGCCAUGUGCUUUUACUAGAAUCUGUGUGAUUCUGUAUGGGCUUACAGCCAUACUCAUGUCAAUGUUCAAGUAUCGCUUCAUCUUGGCGAGAGGGUCCCAAACCAACCUGUACAGACUAGCACACACUCACUCCUCUAAGCCUUACUGUAUAUAUGUGAGUGUUAUAUAUUAAACAAGCCUGUUGACAGUGUUUAAAUUCAGCUGCAGAGCUGCUGCAUCACUGAUGGUCAUCCAGUGUCCACAGGAUGAAGACAUUGCUCAUGUUCUUUAAUCCAACAUUUAAUUUAAAUUCAGGGCCAAACACAAGAGGCCGUACACACACUUCAUGCAAAGUAACUGGCCUUUACAACACUUUCAUACAUGCAUACAUACAUGACACCUUUACAAUAUGAUACUGAAUGUUAUCACUUGCACAUAGCAGCAAAUCACCAAUACAGUCGACCAAAUUUGACCCUCACUGAAAUGCAAUUUGUGAGGGGAAUAUGAAGUCAGUUCUUGUUACAUACUUGAUCCAUUGUGUUGUAUUGAUGUUCUCUUGCUAAAGGAGGGGAGAAUUAGCAAAUGAGGACCAAAGAAGAACCUUUGCUUUGCUGACUUGUGUCUUGUGCUGGUGUUACUAAAAGGACUUUUGCCCAUUGCUGAUCAUUCUGAAAACUCUCUGACUAUAGACACAAACAUAACAGAAGGUUCUGAAAGUAGUUAACAUUUGUCCUGCUAUGACAAGAAUCAUUAAAACAGACAGCCGACUUUCAUAUAAGUUUGCUUAUUAUUCAAAUUCAAGUGUACAUAAUGUAAUAUUUGCUUGAAGCUAAACAGACCAAGUUAGGCAAACUGUAACUGUACAAUUGGAGCUUUUUGCAUGUGUCUUUUUAUAACGGGCAGAUGAGUUCUAUUAACCAUACAACAACUGAAGAGUGUGCAGCCCGCAUGACGGAGGCCGCAGUCCAGAAGGGAUUCUGGUGUACCAUACUCGCAUAGUUUCAAAUGAAAGUGGAAAAAAAAAAAAAAAAAUUGCACAGUUAUCAAGUCAAAAAGACUUUUUUUUGUAAAUUGUCAACAGCACAAAUAUUUUGUAUUGUUGUUUGUACCAUUUUGUAAAAAAAAAGAAGAAAAAAGGCAAAAAAAAAAAAAAAAAAGCGUGUGUUUAUAGUGCCACUGCAAUCUUGGUUUCCAAAUACCGUACAGUACAUGCGCAGCCUUGCAGAUCAACAUUGUAAUAUAGACGCUGAACUGGAGAC